CCCUUAAAAACCACAUCUUCCAUCUACCCAUCUUCAUCUCCUUGUUUCUUACUAUUUUCUAUAUAAGUCUCAAAUUCCUAAGAACACCAAAUCUAAAACCUUAAAAUCGACACAAUGAAAUCAUACAAAGGAUCAUCAAUUCUCGCUACCGAUUUUUAUAUACGACCAAUCUCCUCUUUACCCACUUCGUUUCCCUCCACGACUCUCUCUUACCCGACCCGAAACCGAUUCUUAUCAACCCGGAUCCAAGCCCGGCUCAUCCACGACGACCCGGUAAAACAAUCGGAGGAUUUAAGCUUCUACGAUCUUCUCGGCGUCACCGAAUCAGUCACUCUCCCGGAAAUCAAACAAGCGUAUAAACAGCUAGCUCGAAAAUAUCACCCCGAUGUUUCGCCGCCGGAUCGGGUCGAGGAAUACACAGAUCGGUUUAUUCGGGUUCAAGAAGCUUACGAGACUCUCUCAGAUCCUCGCCGGAGAGUUCUCUACGACCGUGAUUUGUCUAUGGGAUUCUCGUUUUCGUUCUCCGGUAGACGCCGGAAUCGAUUCGAUGAGGAAGUGGUGGAAGAGAAGAGUGAGUGGAAGAAAAAAUGGCAAACUCAGCUCUCAGGAUUAAAGAGAAGAAGCAAUCAAAAAGAAAAUAGUAACUCAAUGUCCUGGGCUGCUAGAAUGCGCCGUCAACAUCAUCACAUGUCUGAUGAUGAUUCUUCUUCUUAACCCAGAGAACACCAAAUCUCGCUUAUGUAUAUAAAGCAUAGCAUAUAAUUCAACCAAAAAAAGAAAGAAAGCAUAGCAUAUAAACCUGCAACUUUGUAUAUACUCUUUUGGUGUGCUUAUGCUAAUAUGCUAAUUAGCAAGCACAUUAAAAGGCCUAAUUACUAAAAAUAAGUUCCUUUUGCUAGUGGUUUCAACUUUCAAGUGUUAGUUUACAAUUCAAAGACCCGAAUUGGAGUUGUGGCAACAACAUUUGAAACUCAAGUGAGUGUGUUAGUAUGACAGAAAUAAAACAGAGGUUCCGAUUCAUGACACA